UCCGCUUAAGUAUAUAUAUAUAUACGAACCCAAGACAAUUAAGGCACUACUCUGUUCCUGCUUCCUGGCUGCUUACAUGCGCACCUCCUGCUGCCAUCACAUCGCGCUGACAGGCGGUCACCGGAUGCGCGUCGACACAUCCCAUACUUACCCAAAGAAUGGGUCGCAGGCGAUGAGUUCUGUACUCCCAUGCGCUUAAAAUCGUCGAUUUGCUACCCAAGAUGCGCCCGUUGAUCUUCAUACUCUAUACAGCCUCAGUGUUCCUCUUCCCCGCCACCAGUAUCGCAGAGAGUUGUGCCGCGCCUCCCCUGAACAUUCCUCUCCGCAAUGUCUCUACAGCGCCUGGUCUAUUGCAUAUAGGGAUCCCCAUCGACUUUGGCUCGACACGACAAAUUGUGGCUCUCACACCCUCUCUUCAGCUCGACAAUACCUUCAUCCCUCGCUACACGAAUACGUGCGUCCACAACGAUGUGUCGACCGGGGCUAGGCGCGCGACCCCUCUUGUACUCAGACGUGACGGAUAUCCCGGGAGGUUAGAAGAAUUAGGCACGACAUCCAGCAAUGCAAGCAAUACAGACACGACCAAUUGGUGGGUCGAGUGUGCGGACAUGUACGGAGGUGGCUACGAUCCCUCACUCUCCCAAACGCUGCACGACACGCGCACAAAUAACAACAGCGACUCGGAACCGUGGUUUGCAACCAUUAAACACACGUCCUGGACCUUCGUGACUGAGCAAUUUGCCUUCAGCGACUAUCUCUCCGUCUAUACGGCUACCAACGAAGCGCUUCCCCCCAAAACCAACACAACCACCUCGUUCAUUCUUAGCAAUGUGAAUGCGCAAUUUGGCUCGCUGGGGGCCUCCCUCUUGGGCCUAACACCUUCCUCAACCCUCCUCCGCUCCCUCCACGCCGACAAACUCAUCCCCUCCACAUCAUGGUCCCUCACCAACUCCUCACUCUGCCUAGGCUGCAUAGACACAAAGUCAUCUCAAGGCGACUUCCACACCUUCAAACCCGCCAAUCGCACCGCAAACCCCAAACUCCCCUGUCUCCUACAGACCACAAUCGAAGCUCUGAAUUGGCAUCCCGAUCCUACCGUCGAAGGCGUAUCCCUCAUCACAUCCGCCUUCACCGCAUGUAUCGACCCGGGCGUGACGUUUCUCGUCCUACCCCCAAGCGUACGGCAAUCCUUCACAAAAGUGCUAGGCCGCGAAGUCGCCGCCGAGUACAACGACGAAACAGCGUUCAAAGGCGCGCCACCCAACGCUUCGGGCAUCGGGCUGUUGACGGUAAGGGUAGAAGGCGGGCUCGAAGUCAACGUCAGCAUCGCAGGCGCGGCGUCAAAAGCCACGGCAUCCACGCCCACGGCCGCAGAUCUCGAUCACGACUCGCAGCAGCGGUGGCGAAUCCCCAUCGGCAAAGGCGCGUGGGGCGCGUACGGCGAAGAGACCUGGGUCCUCGGGAAACCGUUCACAGACGCCCUGGUGCUGCGCUGGGACGCGGAGACGCAGGAAUUCGGCCUGGCGAACCGCAAUCCGUCCUUCUCUCUUCUUCCUCCAACCUCUUCUUCUUCGCCAGCGGAGCAUCGUGAUGAUGAUGAUGAAGAUACCAUCAAACCACUAGGCUGCACCUCGUUCCCCUCCAUCGACAAACUCGUAUCCACGUCCCCAUCAACCGGCAUCGUGGUCGGCACCGCCAUCGGCGGAUUAGUCGGCGGCAUCGUCUUCGCCAUGGCCGGCCUCUUCUUCUUCAGGCGAGGCGUUAAGGGCGCGAGGAAGAAGUACGAGCCUUUGACCGGCGGUGCUCCUACCGCCGCCGCUGAUAACGUAUCCCUACGCACGCUGCAGUCGCAGCAGCAUCUCGUCGAGCACCGCCAUUACAGUGCGGGGAGCUGGGGCGGUGGCGCGUACGGAGCUGGCCCGUUGAGCCCGCCUCCUCCGAGCCUGAGGGGCAGUUUUGUCAGCGGCAAGAGCGUUGGCGAAGUCAGUGCCGAUGAUGGCGCGAUUUACGAGGCCCCCGAGGGGGGGACGGGGGUUCCUACUAAGAGGGGCCAGGUUGAACUGAGCUGAGUUACGUUGCGUUGCGUUGACAGCUGGUCGCCCGCUUGGAGAGUCAUUUGAUCGUUUGUGUAUGUAUUCC